UUUUAUUUGUUGUGGAUGUAGAUUGUUUUGAAUAUUGCCAAAUUAGUCACUGAAUCGCUAAACAUAUACAUUUUUAAUUAGGAAAUAAGUUAUUACUUUUAUAAUAUCAGAUUUAUUUACCAAUAAACAUAACAGUACUCACGUCCUAAAAAAGUCGUUAACGUAAAUUAUAUUUUAUUUAAAAAUGCCUCGCAAAAAUGCUAACUCAAUAGAAGCUGUCGGAAAUAUAGUUAAAAAAUGUACUAAAGUGUCUAAAGAAAUAGUUUCAGAAAAUGUUAAAGAAUCUGAUGAUUUAUGCGCUAAACCUAAGCAUGUUUUAGAUUUGAAUCAAUUUAAAUUUGAGAAGAAACCACCUAUAAAAAUUGAAUUUGAAAAUGACUCCCCAGGCAAGGAGAAAGGAAAAGGUUUAUGGGAGCCAAACAAUUGGAAAGACUUCUUAAUAAAUUUAAGAAUUAUGAGAUCAAAUAAUGAUGCACCUGUGGAUACUAUGGGAUGUCACAUGAGUAUGGAUGAAAAUGCACCACCCAAAGUCAUAAGGUACCAGAGUUUAAUAUCACUAAUGUUGUCAAGUCAGACAAAAGAUCAAGUGACAUUUGCUGCCAUGGAACGUCUCCGGGCCAGAGGUCUCACAAUUGACAAUGUGCUGAAAAUGAGUGAUGAAGAACUUGGUAAACUCAUUUAUCCGGUUGGAUUUUGGAAGACAAAAGUGAAAUACAUAAAAAAGACAACACAAACAUUAAAAGACCAGUAUGAUGGGGACAUACCAGACACAGCUGACAAACUUUGUAAACUGACAGGUGUUGGACCAAAAAUGGCUCACAUCUGCAUGAAGGUUGCAUGGAAUAAAGUUACAGGAAUUGGUGUAGACACACAUGUCCACAGAAUAAGCAAUCGAAUAGGUUGGGUGAAGAAACCCACUGCUACACCAGAAGACACCCGUAAAUCAUUACAAACUUGGCUGCCAUUUGAUUUGUGGAGUGAAGUCAACCAUUUAAUGGUAGGCUUUGGGCAAACAAUAUGUUUACCUGUGGGGCCAAUGUGUCACGAGUGUUUAAACAGAGAUAUUUGUCCUUCAAGAGAUAAAGGAAGAAAAUCACCCAAUAAGAAGUCACCGAAUAAGAAAUCACCAAAGGUUUUAAAAGAAGUAAAAGCUGAAAAACUUGAUUAUGUUUUACCAACUUUAUUAAAGGAUUUUGAAGAAACCCCAACAGAGCCAAAUAAAAGCAACAUAGAUAUAAAAAUAAAAACUGAAAAUUCUGUUACCGAAAACUUAGCCUCAGAAAUAAAAGAUACUAAAGUUGAUAUUGAGUUAUCUAAAAAAUCUGUGGCUGGACAAAAUGUGUUAAAACGGAAGUCACCAAGAACAGCCAAACAAAACAUAAAAUCGAAAAAAGAGGCUUAAUGGUCAGUAAGAAAAAAAUAGAGUGUUUCAGAAAGAUUAAUACAUGA